AGAGCUCAGCAUCGUGGCCCUUUGUCCCUUGUCCCCAGGUGGAGGGGAGCCGGUGUGGAUGGGAGAGAUCUGUGCCAUGCAAAGCAGAGCGAUGGUUUGGGGCUGAAGCUGCAGUGCUGGGGACUGCAGCUUUGUCCACCACGGCCUGAGGCAUUCAGUACAAACAGCACUGCCUGAUGCUGGGACACUGAGCCAGGGGCAAGCUGCCAGGCUCCAUAACUGGCCUGACCUGAGCUGUGGCCCUGCCUGGGGCAGCACGCUGUGCACUGUCAGCACAGCAGCACCGAGCUCAGCCCAGGAAGGAUCUGGAUGGCUCUACCCAGCACAAAUGCAGUCGCGUGUCUCCCAGCCUCGUGGAUGCAUGGGAAGCAUGUCCCACAGAGCUGAUGCUGCUUUCGGCUGCUGGUGCCUUCAUCCAGCUCUCAGGCUGCUGUGAAACACCACCAGCUGUGCUCAGGUCCAUCAGCAUGUUGCAGGUACCGCUGCCCCUGGAUCGCGAUGGGAUCCUGUUCCGGCUCCGUUUCACCACUCUGGCUGUUGGGACUGUGUUUUGCCCCUUGUUUGGUUUCCUUUUCUGCGUGAUCUGGUCUCUGCUCUUCCACUUCCAGGAGACAACAGCCACACACUGCGGGGUCCCAAACUACCUGCCCUCCAUCAGUGCUGCCAUCGGAGGAGAGACCCCGCAGCGCUACGUCUGGCGGCUCUGCAUUGCUCUGCACUCAGCUCCACGUUUCCUGGUGGCUGUUGCCUAUUGGAACCACUACCAGAGCUGCCACUGCUCCCACCCUCGUUACCUGCGUCUGUGCCACUUCAACCUGCUGCUCAAUGUGCUCGAGAACUUUGCCCUCCUCGUUCUGACCUAUGUGUCCUCCUCAGAGAACUAUGCAAUCCACGAAAAUGCCUUCAUCGUCUUUAUCACGUCAGCUCUGGGCCACAUGCUCCUGACGUGCAUCCUCUGGAGGAUGACUAAGAAACACACAGUAAGUCCCGAGGAACGCAAAUCCUACAAGUGGAAGCAGCUGCUCUUCUUCAUCACCUUCAUCACCUUCUCCAUCGCCGUCUGUGUCUAUUUCCACCACAACUGGUACUGCAGACCCGGAGUGUACACCAUCUUCGCUUUCCUGGAGUACGUGGUGGUGUUCUCCAACAUGGCCUUCCACAUGACGGCCUUCUGGGACUUUGGCAACAAGGAGCUGGUGGUGAGCUCGGUGCUGGAGGACAAGCAUUUCUAACUGGGUGCCAUGGGGCUGAGUGCUCCCAUGGGUGCUGCUGCCCCACGGCCUGGGCUGGGGGCUGCUGUUGCCCCCUGUGUUGAGCUGUGCAGGUGGGACCUCGUGGCUGUGGGUCACGAGGGCUGACAGUCGUUGCCUCCUUGCAGUGGGUUGGGCAGAGCGGUUCUGCUCGUGGUGUUGGGCCCAUUCCCUUUGCGCCGCUUUCACCCCCUGAACUGAUGGGGUUUGUUGGGGUCCCUUCAUCCCCAAAAUGAUUUUAUGGUCCAAAAGUGACCAGCCUGGGUUUCUCUGCCUCAACAGCACCGGGACUGUGGGUGCUUUGCUGCAGGGCUGGGUGCAAUGCUGGGCUGGGGGUCCCACGUCCCCAUCCUCGUGUGCCCCCCAUCUCCCCCCCAGGUGGGCGCACAGCCCGGCCCUGCAGCGCCUUCUCCUGGGUCUGGAGGAUGAAAUAAAGCACUGAGGAUUUUUAUGA